GAGCAUUUUUAUUGUAAUGGCCGCCAUGUUUGGAUUUGGAAAGUGACGUUUCUAUGUUUACAAGUUACAAGAUUUUAGGCGUUCGUUUUGAAUGCUACAGAAAUAUUAUUGUUACCGGUGCCGGUAAAGUUUUCAAAUAUAGGCAUUAAUGCCAAAAUAUAUUCAAUACUUGUAAUUUGUAAUGUUUACAAUGGACGCAGGUCAGAUUACGAUGCAGGAUCAACAACAACAAACAAAAGCGCGGAAAAGAGUUCCUAAUUUUACAGCUGAAGAGAAAGCCUUAUUGGCACAUUUAGUAAAAAGACGUCCAAUUGUACAAACAAAAUAUACCGAUGCUAAAACUGUAAGCAAAAAACAAGCGGCUUGGAAUUUAAUCACUCAAGAAUUUAACAGCAAUGCCAAUGUCGUACAUAAGCGUGAAACAUUAACAUUAAAAAGAGCUUGGGAAAAUAUGAAGGCAUUUACACGGAAAGAACGAGCAAAUUUACUCCACACAGGAGGACAUCCAUCACCUCCGUUACAACAUGAAGCAUUAUUGAAUAUGAGUGAUGAGGACUCAUCUAUGAUGUUACCUGAAUUAGAGAAUGAUUUUGACAGUGAUAGUGCAAUAUUAGACUCGGUUGAGCAGAAUAGUCCAGAACCUGAACCUACACGAGUAAUGGACCCUAUAAUGUAUACUUUUCUAGAAGUUGAAGUAUGUAUGGAACCUGAAUCUAUUGAAAAUGACACAAGUACACAGAGAGAAGAUGCAGAUAUUAUCCCGGGGACAUCACAGGAUUGUAACGAUCAUUUUGACAAAGGAUAUUCUAGAACGAAUUAUAUGAACCAAGGUCCCAGGCCGCUAGACUACAUGCGUAGAGAGAGUAUACUCAGAAUAAGACAUUUAGAACGUAAGAAGAAAUUGGAAAUGGAAUUAUUAAAAGUACAGAUAGAAACUGAACAAAUAAAACAACGGACAGCGCGAAUAGAGGAAGAAAUGGCCCAAGUUAAACUAUUACAGUUAAAAAAAACCUUAGAACAACAUAAUAGUUACUGAUCUUAUUAUUUAUUAUUAUUUAUUAAUACUCCUUUGAUGAAAUAAAGAUGCUAUUUUAUAAAUAAAAUUAAGUGAAAUAAUAUUUAUUAUUAUCAUGCAUUUAUUUAGAAUAAUCUGUUAAAUGAAUCUUAUAAAAUUUAUUUUAUAGCUUAAUCUAUAUUAAUAUUAUUAAGAGGAAAACAAUGUUUGUUUGAUUGUAUUGA